CAAGCCGGUGACGUAGGCGACUGAGCGCAGGGAGGAACUCGCAGCCGUGCAGCCGGGCGCUUGCCGCUCCGUGCCCGCCGGAGAUGGGCCCCUGGCUGCCCACCAAGGACGAGAAGUAUGGCGUCGCCGUGUGGAACUUCCCGGGCUCCAACGCGCAUCACCUGCCGCUGCAGAUUGGGGAGGCCGUGCACAUCCUGCAGGUGUUGGAGGGCUGGUACCGAGGGUAUUCGCUCAGGAACCGGGCUGCCCAGGGCAUCUUCCCAGUCUCGCUCAUCCACCUCAAGGGCGCCCAUGUGGAACGGAGGGGGGCAGAGGAGACUGUGGUGCCGUCGGAGAUGCCGCUGGUGCAGGAGAUCACCACUACGCUGCGGGAGUGGGCCGCCAUCUGGAAGCAGCUCUAUGUGGCGGGGCAGAAGGAGCGGUACAAGCAGGUGCGGAGGAUGAUGUGCGAGCUGAUGGAGCGUCGCUCGCAGCUGCUGUCAGGGACACUGCCCAAGGAUGAGCUCCUGGAGCUCAAGAAGGAGGUGACCAGCAAGAUCGACUACGGCAACAAGAUCCUGGAGCUGGACCUGGUCGUGCGGGACAAGGACGAGAACAUCCUGGACCCCGACAGGACCAGCAUCAUCAGCCUCUUCCAGGCCCACAAGCGGGCCACGGGCCUCAUCAGCGAGCGCAUCCAGGAGAUGAGCUCCCAGCACGGCGAGCUGGGCCUCAGCGCCCGCCUGGCCUCCGCGCCCUGCCACAGCCUCUACCUCUGCGUCCGCAACUUCGUCUGCAACAUCGGAGAGGAGGCGCAGCUCUUCAUGGCGCUCUAUGACCCCGGGGAGCAGCGCAUGAUCAGCGAGAACUACCUGAUCCGCUGGGCCAGCACCGGGGUCCCCCAGGACAUCGAGCUGCUCAACAACCUCAAGGCCGUGUUCACGGACCUGGGCAGCAAGGACCUGAAGCGUGAGAAGCUCUUCCUGGUGUGUCAGAUCAUCCGGGUGGGACGCAUGGACCUGCGGGACAUGCACACGCGCAAGCUGAGCAUGGGGCUGCGGCGCCCCUUCGGCGUCUCAGUGAUGGACAUCACAGAUAUCGUCAAGGGGAAAUGCGAGAGCGACGAGGACAAGCAGCACUUCAUUCCUGUGCACCUGGUGGCAGCGGAGAACGAUUUCCUUCACAGCCUGAUCAAGAAAGCGGUGGAGGGGAAGGAGAUCAACCACAAAGGCCAAGGGUUCUGGGUGUCCCUGAAGAUGCUGUGGGGGGACCUGACGCAGGUGCGGAAGGACCAUCCUCACCUGGUGGACCGCCACACGGUUGUGGCCCGCAAGCUGGGCUUCCCAGAGAUCAUCAUGCCAGGGGACGUCAGGAACGACAUUUACCUCACGUUGGUGCAGGGCGAAUUCGACAAGGGCAGUAAGAAGACCCAGAAGAACGUGGAGGUGACCAUGUGCGUCUGCGACGAGGCCGGGGCCGUGAUGCAGAACGUCAUUUACCAGGGUGCAGGGGACAAGCCAGCGAGCGAGUAUCGAUCCGUGGUGUAUUACCAGCAGCGGCAUCAGCGGUGGAUGGAGACAGUGAAGAUUGCCGUCCCCAUUGAGGAUGUCCACAGGACCCACCUGAGAUUUACCUUCAGGCACCGCUCCUCCAGCGACUCUAAGGACAAAAGCGAGAGGGUUUUCUCCAUGGCCUUUGUGAAGCUGAUGAGACCCGACGGCACAACCCUGCAUGAUGGGGAGCACGACCUCAUCCUGUACAAGGGCGACAGCCGGAAGCUGGAGGAAGCCGGCUGCUACCUGCACCUGCCUUUUACCGGAAGUGUGUCCGAGGCAAAGGCUCUGUCUGGUGCCUCUUUCCGAGUGAGCAGCAGCAUGGCUGGCAUCAGCGUCUCUUCCCGGGACAGCUUCCAGAUCUCUACCCUCGUCUGUUCCACGAAGCUGACCCAGAACGUUGACCUGCUCGGGCUGCUGAAGUGGAAGUCAAAGCCAGAGCUCCUGGCUGGAAACCUGCAGAAGCUGACGAAUGUGGAUGGAGGGGAAGUCAUCAAGUUCCUGCAGGACACCCUGGACGCCUUGUUCUCGAUCAUGAUGGAGUACGCGGAGACCGACAUCUACGACACGCUGGUCUUCGAUGCCCUUGUUUUCAUCGUGGGGCUCAUUGCCGACAGGAAGUUCCACCACUUCAACGCCGUCCUGGAGGCCUACAUCCGGCAGCACUUCAGCGCCACGCUGGCCUACAAGAAGCUGAUCUCCGUGCUCACGCAGUACGUGGAUGCAGCCGGCCGAGGGGAGCCCUGUGACCCGCUCAUGCUCACGUUCAAAGCCCUGGAGUACAUCUUCAAGUUCGUCGUGCGAUCCAGGCAGCUCUAUGCUCAGUAA